AUGUUUCCUCAUCUAAACGUACUCGUGGUAGUACUUUUCGUGACUUUGAUGAUAAGUUUGGGCUUUGCAUCCAUGGAAAUGGGUACAUCUAUCCAUGGCUCGGACCAGACCAGGAUGUGGAUCAAAAGGAUUGUUAGAUCUUCACGAGGGCCAUGGAUAGAAGGUUUCAAAUCGUUUCUUAACACCUCUGAAUCUUCCUGUGCGGACGAAGUCGCGGUGUUUAUCGAAGCCAUCGAAUCUGACCAAGAAUGGGCCUUGCAAAUGUUGGAUGCCUCGUCGAGUUUGCAAUCAGGACUUAUGAAAGGAAACUUUAGAGACAUCGGAAUGUACGACGAGUGCAUCGAAGUCAAUGAGCAAUACAACCACCUCGGUAUCCGGGCUAAGCACUGCAUGGUUUCUCUGGGUUCGAUGUCUCCCGAUCUAUCUGCGAUUAUCGAUAUAGAUUAUGUCCGCAUUUUUUCAUCAAUUUGUCUUCCAUCGUCGUGCAACGAGACGCAUGUUGAGCAGAUCAUUAAUGCCAUUAUCGCAAACACACCAGCCAUUAACGAUCUAGAAUUUGAAACAAGUACCGCGUCCUGUGCGCAAGUGGGAUCUGAUGACUUGAGUGCUGGAGAAAUUUACACACUAAUUUUUGUCGUCGCCGUUAUCGCAUUUAUGAUUGCUUGUACAGUCUGCGAUUUUGCGAGCAGACGCAAGCCGACAGAAGCAUCUAGUUUGAUGAAUACGCUGUCAAAAUUCUCUCUCUACACCAAUGCACUCGCUGUGUUAAGCACGGAAGUAAAACCUGAUAGCCUGCAAUCGCUCGACGGUAUCAGAGUUCUAAGUAUGUGCUGGGUCGUACUGGGCCACCGUUUCCUCACUUCAAGCAUCAGGCCGAUUGUCAAUCUAUUCGAAGUCUAUGAAUGGUCAAAUUCAUGGACAUCUUUGUACCUGGAGGCUGCACCACUUGCUGUCGAGACCUUCUUUGUAGUCGGCGGAUUUUUGAUGGCUUAUCUGCUUCUUAAAACCAUGAAAUCGGGAAAACGAAUUAAUUGGCCACUGCUCUACCUUCGUCGUUACCUCAGACUCACGCCAUCCUUAGCAGUCGUCAUUUUGUUCGUUUCAUUUCUUACAAAUCGUUUUGGAAACGGUCCCGUAUGGAGAACUUCGCUUACUGCAGGCGUAGAAGGUUGCAAAAAAAAUGGGUGGUUCAAUUUAUUGUAUCUUCAGAACUUGAUUAAUCCGGAGAAUUCGUGUUUAAUGCACACCUGGUACUUGGCUGCUGACAUGCAACUCUUUUGGAUAUCGCCAAUUGUCAUAUAUCCACUGUACCGCUGGCCAAAACAUGGAAUCCGAAUACUUUAUUUUUUCAUCCUCGCCUCGAUUGUUGCACCAACCGUAGUUUUGAUUAUCAAUGGUUACACUAACAGAAUAAUCACUAUGGACGUGGAUUUGGGAAAAAUAGUCGUAAAUGACUUCAUCGACUUCUAUAUGACGACUUACAAUCGAGCCUGCGCCUACUUUCUCGGAAUCUUAUUGGGUUACGACGUAGCGACUAAGAAGAGGCAGCUUACGAAGGUGAACGUAUCGAUCAACUGGAUUGUAACCGCUGUUCUUUUCCUAUUUUGUGCGUGCGCUACUCAUUUCAACUACAACAAGGAUUUUGUCGACAACCGUUUAUUGGAAGUUGUACUCGUAGUCACGUUACGUCCAUGUUGGUCGAUUGCCAUUGCUUGGAUCAUUUAUGCAUGCACUCAGGGAUAUGGAGGCCCCGUUAACAGAUUUUUGUCCGCGCCGUUCUUUCGGCCCCUCAGUCGGUUAUCGUAUUCUAUUUACUUGUUGCAUUUUUCGAUCCAAUCUCAGAGGAAUGCUGUUGCACGGACUCCCGUGUCGUUUUCAAAUUCUUUGAUUAUUUAUGAGUAUUUGAUUGAUUUGGCGCUUUCGAUCGUCGCGGCCUUCGUCUUCACCUUAUUCUUCGAAUCUCCAUUCGUUGUGUUGGCGAAAAUUUUCGACAAUCCCAAAUCAGAGUCUAACCAAGUCACUCUGGCGCGAGGCACGACCAAGGAUCUGCCGGCCAAAAACCCAGAAAUUCGAAAUAAAUCGAGGAAGAAGGACUGAUGUUGCCGUUUCCUGUCGACCGUAAUAUUUUCGAAAAUAUUAUUUCGAGAAUUGCUACUAUUAUACAGUAGUUCUACACAUUCUACUCGUACUAUUAUUCAAGUCCAAUUUUUCUGUGUCCGACGAACGUUAC